CUUUCCAGUUGCAAGUCUUUUAAUUACAUAUGAAGUUUCUAAUUUUAAAGUGGCACAACUGCAAUGAAGAAAAGAAGAAAGUUCACUGCAAAUCUAGAUGACAAAGUAUGCCGUGCUCGCCAGAAGGCAUCUUCUAACAAGAUUCUUGUAGCAGACUCAGAACAAGAAACUACUGUUGAUUCUGCAAAGGUUGCUACUGCAGAUGAGCUUGCAUAUUCCAAAGAACUUCCUCCAUCACAAGGUCAAAGAGAGCUUUUGAGUUCUCUGCAGUAUAACAGAAAUCUUCUCAAAUACUUAAAUGAUGAUCGACAGAAGCAGCCAUCUUUUUGUGAUCUGCUCAUAAUUGUUGAUGGAAAAGAAUUCAGUGCCCACAAAGUAGUCGUUGCUGUUGGAAGUAGUUAUUUUCAUGCUUACUUGAGCAAAAAUCCGAGAACUGAUGUCAUUACCUUGGAUCAUGUAACUCAUUCAGUAUUCCGUCAUCUCCUUGAGUUUCUGUACACAUCAGAGUUUUUUGUGUAUAAAAAGGAAAUCCCCUUAGUUUUAGAGGCAGCCAAGUUUUUAGAUAUUAUUGAUGCGGUUAAACUGCUAAAUGGUGAAAAUGUUUCUAGUUCGCAGUCUGAUGAGAGAACUGAGAGCCCAACACGAGUACAAACAUUCAGUGAAUUGACUCAUAAAGCUGCAAGCAAUCACCAGUGUGCUUUGUGCAAUCGAAACUUCUGUUACAAGAAAUCCUUAGAAAAUCACUUGUCCAGAGCCCACAAAUCGCUUACCCGAGAAAAAGGUGAUGGCCUAAAAAUGGUUGAGAGGGCAGAUAUUUCUACUAGAAGGUCCAUGCGAAAUCGCAAGUGUCCAGCUAAGUUUGAGCAAAGUGACAAUGACAGUGGGGAAUCAUCUGAUAGCUAUCUUGAUAAUGAUGUUCCUGGCAAGGAAAACAGUGAAUCUGAAGAUAGUGGGAGUGAGUAUAAUACUGAUGAUGGCAGGCAGGAAGAAGACACGUCUGGGGAUGAUACUGGGUCUGAAGGGCAAAGUGAAAAAGAACAUCAAGAAGAUGGUCAGGAACCAGAUAGCCUGGCAAGAAAUAAUUGUGAAAGCACUCUGUCAACAUAUAUGCCAGUCAUCGUGCAGAACAGUAGCAAAAAAUGUUUGCAGUGCCCUAAGUGUGAUAAAACAUUUGAUCGAGCAGGGAAAUAUGAGAGCCACACUCGUGUGCAUACUGGUGAGAAGCCUUUUGAGUGUGACAUCUGUCAUCAGCGCUAUUCGACCAAAUCCAACUUAACAGUUCACAGAAAGAAACACAAUAAUGAACUAGAGUUUCAUAAAAAAGAACACAAAUGCUCAUACUGUAACAAACUACAUGCCACUAAAAAGACCUUGCUUAAACAUGUGAAAAGAUUCCAUCCUGAACAUGCAAAAGAAUUUUUUUCCAUCAAGAAAAAAAGGAGUGAAGGCUGGAAAUGUGAGAUUUGCAGUAAGUCAUUCACUCGGAGGCCUCAUUUGGAAGAACACAUGAUUCUUCACACUCAGAAUAAGCCUUUCAAGUGUACCUAUUGUGAAGAGCACUUUAAAUCUCGCUUUGCUAGACUGAAACAUCAAGAAAAGUUCCAUCUUGGACCUUUUCCAUGUGAUAUUUGCGGUCGUCAGUUUAAUGACACGGGAAAUCUAAAACGCCAUAUUGAAUGUACUCAUGGUGGAAAGAGAAAAUGGACUUGUUUUAUUUGUGGAAAAUCAGUAAGAGAAAGAACAACUUUGAAAGAGCACUUGAGAAUCCACAGUGGAGAGAAACCUCAUCUGUGUAGUAUUUGUGGGCAGAGUUUUCGUCAUGGAAGUUCAUACAGGCUUCAUCUACGAGUCCACCAUGAUGACAAAAGGUAUGAAUGCGAAGAAUGUGGAAAGACAUUUAUUCGCCAUGACCAUCUGACAAAGCACAGAAAGAUACACUCAGGGGAAAAGGCACAUCAGUGUGAAGAAUGUGGAAAAUGUUUUGGUCGAAGAGAUCACCUCACUGUUCAUUAUAAAAGUGUUCAUCUAGGUGAAAAGGUGUGGCAAAAAUACAAAGCAACAUUUCAUCAGUGUGAAGUCUGCAAGAAAGUCUUUAAGGGGAAAUCAAGCUUGGAAAUGCAUUUUAGGACACAUUCAGGCGAGAAACCGUAUAAAUGUCAAAUUUGCAACCAGUCCUUCAGGAUUAAGAAGACAUUAACUAAACACAUGGUCAUUCAUUCAGAUGCUCGCCCUUUCAAUUGUCAAUCUUGUAAUGCAACAUUUAAACGAAAAGACAAGCUGAAAUACCAUACUGAUCAUGUGCACGGAGGAAAAUCCACAGAGGAAUCACCGAGCCCUCUGCCAGAGGAAAAAACAGUCUCUCUGCCAACAGAGUACACAGCCGAUGACAAGACUUACCAAAGUGAGGCUAAACCAUUCAUGGAACAGACCAAGGUUUAUCGAGCAGAAACCAAAAGCAUGCUACAGAAUGUACCCUCAGAAGUAUGUAUGCCAUUGACCGUGGUACCAGUUCAGAUAAAUGACCCUCAAUCUGAUCUUAUACAGCGUGCCACCUCCCUCACUCCCCCGCAUCCUAAUAUUCUUCCUCCACAAGCCCCUCCAACUGAUUAUCAGCAAGCAACAGAUCUGGCUUUUCUAGAAAAAUAUACUCUCACCCCACAGCCAGCAAACAUAGUUCAUCCAGUCAGACCUGAGCAAAUGUUGGAUCCCAGAGAACCGUCAUAUCUUGGGACUCUACUAGGUCUUGAUACAGCUCCAGCAGUGCAGAAUAUUUCAAGUAAUGAACCUUCAUGAUCAUGGGACUGCUGUAUUCCACUGGUCUUAUUAACGCUUAGCUGUCAGAAGGC